AUGGAGUUUCCCACACUCGCAUCCCCUCUCAGGAUUGGGGGACUCGAUGUUAAACAUCGCGUAGUCAUGGCGCCUCUAACUCGCUGCCGCGCGGAUGAUGAACAUGUCCCUCUACCUAUCUCCCUUGAGUAUUACGCGCAACGGGCAAGUGUCCCGGGCACCCUGCUCGUGAGCGAAGGCACCUUCAUUUCCGCCCGGGCGGGUGGCAUGAACAACGUCCCUGGAAUCUGGAAUGAGGCCCAAAUUCGGGGCUGGAAAACAAUUACCGACGCGGUGCAUGCUCGAGGCAGCUACAUAUUCUGUCAACUCUGGGCAUUGGGACGCGCCGCGAUCCCAGAGAUUCUUGCCAAAGACGGCAAAGACGUUAUUUCGAGUGGGGAUAUUGCAUUGAUGCAGACGAGUGCCACUCCUCGUCCGCUUUCCAAGGAGGAAAUCUGGGAAUGGAUUGGUGACUAUGCAACAGCGGCUAGGAAUGCGAUUGCAGCCGGGUUCGACGGGGUUGAGAUUCACGGCGCGAAUGGCUAUUUGUGUGAUCAAUUCCUGCAGGAUACCUGCAAUAACCGAGUCGAUCGGUGGGGUGGGAGUGUUGAGAACCGGUCGCGAUUCGGACUGGAGGUGGCCAAAGCCGUCUCGGCCGCGGUGGGAUCGCAUCGAACGGGUUAUCGGAUCAGUCCCUGGAGCACCUUCCAGGGAAUGCGCAUGCAGAACCUACAAUCACAAUUCACCCACCUGGUAGAAAACCUCCGCUUGCUGGACCUCGCCUACCUGCACGUGGUUGAGCCGCGCAUAUCGGGCGCUUCGACCGUCGAGGCAGAGGAAGAAGACCACACCUUCCUGCUGCAGGCCUAUGGCUGCGACCGUGUGGUGAUUCUUGCCGGGGGGUUCACUGCGGACUCUGCGGAACGGACAAUCCAAGACUAUCAGCAUUCCCAGAUCGCCAUCGCGUUUGGCCGUCACUUCCUCUCUAACCCGGAUCUCCCCUUCCGCCUCACCAAGGGCAUAGAAUUGAACCAGUACGACCGGCCCACCUUUUAUACGCCUAAAUCCCCAGUGGGAUAUGUCGAUUAUCCGUUCAGUGAAUCAUUCCUCAGUAGCACAGGUGUAGCUCUCAAUUAA